CGCCUGGGCGGUGUGACGUCACGCCACGCGCCGGGGCCAGGAGGAGGCGGGCGCAGGCGGCGCAGGCGGCGCGUGCUCAGUCUGCUGGGUACCAGGCGACUCCGGGACAGGGGGUCUCGGCCGUCGGCGUCAUGGUUUCGCGCGUGCAGCUCCCGCCUGAGAUCCAGCUGGCUCAGCGCCUGGCGGGGAAUGAGCAGGUGACCCGGGACCGGGCGGUGAGGAAGCUCCGGAAAUACAUCGUCGCCAGGACUCAGCGGGCCGCAGGUGGUUUUACGCACGGUGAGCUGCUGAAGGUGUGGAAAGGACUGUUUUAUUGCAUGUGGAUGCAGGACAAGCCACUCCUCCAGGAAGAAUUAGGAAGGACCAUUUCCCAGCUCGUUCAUGCUUUUCAGACCACGGAGGCGCAGCACCUGUUCCUUCAGGCCUUCUGGCAGACCAUGAAUCGCGAGUGGACGGGCAUUGACAGGCUGCGCCUGGAUAAAUUCUACAUGCUCAUGCGGAUGGUCCUGAACGAGUCCUUGAAGGUUCUGAAGAUGCGAGGCUGGGAAGAAAGACAGAUCGAGGAGCUGCUAGAGCUGCUGAUGACUGAGAUCCUGCACCCCAGCAGCCAGGCCCCCAAUGGGGUGAAGAGCCACUUCAUCGAGAUCUUCCUGGAGGAGCUGACCAAAGUGGGCGCUGAGGAGCUUACGGCAGACCAGAACCUGAAGUUCAUCGACCCCUUCUGCAGAAUCGCUGCCCGGACCAAGGAUUCCUUGGUUUUGAACAACAUCACUCGAGGCAUCUUUGAGACGAUUGUGGAGCAGGCCCCGCUUGCCAUUGAAGACCUCCUGAAUGAACUGGAUGCGCAGGAUGAGGAGGUGGCGUCGGACAGUGAUGAGUCCUCUGAGGGCGGUGAGCGUGGAGAUGCGCUGUCCCAGAAGAGGUCUGAGAAGCCGCCCGCAGGCUCCAUCUGCAGGGCUGAACCUGAGGCUGGUGAGGAGCAGGCAGGUGACGACAGGGACAGUGGUGGCCCCGUCCUCCAGUUUGACUACGAGGCAGUUGCGAACAGACUGUUUGAAAUGGCCAGCCGCCAGAGCACCCCUUCUCAGAACAGAAAGCGUCUCUACAAAGUGAUCCGGAAGCUGCAGGACCUGGCAGGAGGCAUUUUCCCUGAGGAUGAGAUCCCAGAGAAGGCCUGCAGGCGUCUGCUUGAAGGGAGGCGGCAGAAGAAGACGAAGAAGCAGAAGCGUCUGCUCAGGUUGCAGCAGGAGAGAGGGAAAGGUGAGAAGGAGCCCCCGAGCCCGGGCAUGGAGAGGAAGAGGAGCAGGAGGAGGGGUGUAGGGGCCGACCCCGAGGCGCGGGCAGAGGCUGGUGAGCAGCCAGGCACAGCUGAGCGGGCCCUGCUCCAAGAUCAGCCCAGGGGCCGUGGCCAGAGAGGGGCUCGCCAGAGGAGGAGGACACCUCGGCCCCUGGCCAGUGCCCGAGCAAAGGCGGCCAAUGUCCAGGAGCCGGAGAAGAAGAAGAAACGCAGGGAGUGACGUGGCCGGGCCAAGGACAGGCAGGGAGGGAGGCCAGGCCUCGCUUGCACCGAGGGACGAGGCCGACCGGUCUGUUCUGUAGACUCAGGACCGUGGCUCCAGAACUCCUGUGCCAGGCGGGAGGGAAGGGCGGCACUGGAGAGAUGGGCCCGUCAUUAGGGGCCAGCAUCCCAGGAACCGGACCUUUCCCCAGAGCCUCCGCCUGUGGCUGUGAUGACCUUGGGCCAGAAGGUCAAACUCUGAAGACUGAAACUCCGCCUGCAGCAGGACUGGCCGCCCCCGCUGUGGGGGGUUCAGAAAAUAAAAUGCUGCGCAGCCCUUGCCAGGGAA